CGCAUGCUAAGCGAGCGCUCUACCAUUUGAGUUAAUCCCUCUACAAGCGCUACGUGAGUUAUUGUGAUGUCAUUCUCCACAUCUGUGCUACAUUGAAAUGAUUCCGGCGGAAGUUUAGUGGCGAGGCCCUGUCCACAAAGAAAUGGCGAGUGGAGUCGGGAAACACAAGAGGCUGUCCGUCGGCCCGACGGAGCCGUGGUCAUUGAGGGAGAAACUAUGCCUAGCUUCCUCUGUUAUGAGGAGUGGAGACCAAAACUGGGUGUCAGUCAGCAGAGCCAUCAAGCCUUUCUCAGAGCCAGGCCGCCCUCCAGACUGGUUCUCCCAGAAGCACUGUGCCUCUCAGUAUUCUGAGCUGCUGGAGACCACAGAGGCUCCAAAGCGUAAGCGUGGAGAGAAGGGUGAGGUGGUGGAGACCAUCGAGGAUGUGAUCGUACGGAGACUCACCGCCGAGAGGAUAGAGGAGCUGAAAAAACUACUGAGAGACACACAGGACAAAUACAGAAAGUUGAAGAAGGAGGUGGAUCUGAUCCAGACAGGACAUCUGGACUCACGGCUAGAGGAGCUGUGGACAGACAUAACACAGAAAAAUAAGCAAGAUGAGGAUGAGGCAGAUCUUAAGAGGAAGGCCACAGAGACAUCCUAUCAGGCUCGCCAAGCGGUUAAGAACACGCCCAAGCGGGUGUCCAGUGUCACUAUACGAUCCCCUUUGGGUGCCAGUCCCACGGGCAUGGAGGGGGCACAGACAGACACCCCCACACCCCCAAUAGAUACAGCCAUGCCCCAGGCAGAGGAGACCCUUGGUGUCAAUUUGUCCCAGGGGGGAGCAGUGUUCCUACCGUCGUCGGAUGCUCCAAUAGCGGGGCCUAAGGAGGGAAGCCUGGGGUCUCUGGUAGACGACUCCCCACAGAAGAGGCUCCUCAGUCAGAAGUCCACGCCGCCUCCCUCCCCUCUCCUCUCAGAGCUACUGAAGAAAGGAAGCCUGAUCUCUGCUAGCCCCAUACUGGUAGUGGAGGCGGAUGCUGCUGCUGCAGGACUGGCUAACGGAGGAGUUCCUACUACAACCCCCACUAUCACAGCAGACUUUGAGGUUGCCAGCGCAGUCAAAGAGGCAGGCUCAGAGGUGGUGGAGGAGGACCAUGUACCUGGUUCCUACAUGGGGGAUGAGCUGGACCUGGAGACCGUGGGAGAUAUCAUCUCCAUCAUAGAGGAGAAGGUGGAUGACUCUGUGGAGGCUCUAGAUGCUGCAGCAGUGGAGGCUGCUCUCUCUCUCUGUGAGGAGGCUGUUUCUGCUGGCCACUCCCUCUCAGGCCCAUGGGAGGCCCAGGACUUGAAGACCUCAGAGCCUGGUCCUAUGGUUCAGUCUGACCCCACACAUGGGCUUCAGGCUGUGGCUGGAGCUAACCCUGGGAGCCUGGAGCCACAGACAGAGAGUGGAAGGGGGGAAGCCGAAGAGGGGAAGGACUGUGAGGGACAAGAAACAGUGCAGACAAAUGUGGUCCCUUCUGUUGUCGCUGAUGAUGGCCUGGCAGGAAGCGAGGUCACAGAGGAGGGAGUUCUGGGGGAGGAAGGAGCCCUGAGCACAGCUGUGAAGACUGAAAAUGAGGAGUGGACCCAGCCAGAACUAAACACACCCUGCCUAGACUCAGAAGACAGCUCUGGAUCAGGGAAAGAGUCCAAGGAAGUGAAGGAUGAGGAUGGAGCGAGUGACGGGGAUCCUGAUGAAGGAAUGGAGAUGAAGGAAUGUGGAGAGGGGGAGGGGCCCUACCUAUCAGAAGUAGAACCGGCAGCCAGUGAGAGCGAGGAUGGCUAUGGCCCCUCCUCCCAACGCUACACCACAGCUGAUUCGCUAGCCAGCAGCCCCGCCUCUUCCCAGUUUUCAAUAUGUGGGGAGGAUCAGGAGGCCGUUCAGGCUCAGAAGAUCUGGAAGAAAGCCAUCAUGCUGGUGUGGAGAGCAGCGGCCAAUCACAGGUACGCCAGUGUGUUCCUUCAGUCUGUGUCUGAAGACAUCGCCCCUGGUUACCACAGCAUUGUACACAGACCCAUGGAUCUGUCGGCCAUCAAGAAAAGUAUCGAGGCGGGUCAGAUCCGUACGACAGCAGAGUUCCAGCGUGACAUCAUGCUGAUGUUCCAGAACGCGGUGAUGUACAACAGCUCUGACCACGAUGUGUUCCACAUGGCCUUGGAGAUGCAGAGAGAUGUUCUAGAACAUGUGCAGCAGUUCCUGGCCACUCAGCUCAUCAUGCAGACCUCAGAGUCCUCCAUCUCCACCAAGAGCCUCAGAGGCCGUGAGGGGGGUCGCAAGCCAGGGGAGUCUGUGGAGAAGGACAGUGUCCCAAUGGCCUCUCCCGCUUUCCUUCUCUCUCUCUUUGAUGGGGGCACCAGAGGGCGCCGCUGUGCUAUUGAAGCAGACAUGAAGAUGAAGAAAUAACCAGAGUCAAAAGGCAGUAGGACAAUAGAUUGCCAACAGGCCAUAGGGCUGGAGGUUUAAAGAGAGACUUGAUGCAGGGCUGCAGUCCUCGGGUAUUCUCCUCUCCAGGCCAUUUCAGAUUGAUCAUUGUGUACCAUAGUUGUGUACAGUUUAAUUAACUAACUUAAGUCUGAUUGUAUUUAAAGCCAGUACACUAGAUAUCCAGACAUCAUAUGAUUCUCAUUGAUAUUUGCCACUGGUAAACAGCAGACACUGCAGCCCUGGAGGACUGAAUCUGUUUUACAACUGCAGUAGUACUAAAGUACUCGUGACUGACUUGGGGCCCUGUUGUUUUGUGUAUAGGAUGUAGCCAACUGCAAAAUAUCCUUCAAGGAAUCAUGAUCCCAGUGUCCACACGCUGAUUGGUAGAAUCAACAUCGUUUCAAUAUAAUUUGUCAAUGUGUUGUAACGUGGAAUCUAUACUGAACAAAAAUAUAAACGCGACAUGCAACAAUUCCCACCCCACAUGAUCCCGCAGGUCUGGUGAAGAAGCUGUAUAUGGUGGUCCUGGGCUGACGUGGUUAUACAUGAUCUGUGUAACCACGGUUGUACUGACAUAUUCUCUAAAACGAUGUUGGAGGCGGCUUAUGUUAGAGACAUUCAGCUCUGGUAGACAUUCCUGCAGUCAGCAUGCCAAUUGCGCGCUCGCUCAGCACUUGACAUCUGUGGCAUUGUGUUGUGAUAAAACAGCACAUUUUAUUGUGGCCUUUUAUUGUCCCCAGCACAGGAUGCACCUCUGUAUUGAUUGUGCUGUUUAAUCAGCUUCUUGAUAUGCCACCACCUGUCAGGUGGAUGGAAAAUUAGAAAUAUUCACUAACAAGGAUAUAAACAAAUUUGUGCACAACAUUUGAGAGAGAGAAUCUUUUUGUGAACAUGGAACAUUUCUGGGAUCUUUUAUUUCAGUUCAUGAAACAUGGGACGAACACUUUACAUGUUGUGUUUAUAUUUUUUGUUCAGUAUAUUUGGAAAAUUCCAUAGAAAUAAGAGUGAAGAGAACAGGCUUGGAACCUCUAACCCUGGCAAUUAACUGGUUAACUCAUGUGUACACUCAAUGGCUGCCUGGUAUUGUGAUGCAAUAAUUGCCAUGGUAUUUUGGAAUGUUCUAUCAACUGAUGCUGGAUUGCCAUGGUAAUGUAGAAUGUUCAUUCAAAUUAUUCUAACUAAUGUGGCUCAUGGAAUGUAUUUUUUGUAAUAUCAAUUGAGUUGACUCAACAAAUCACAGCACAGAUUGAAAGGUACACUUCCUGUUUUUACGUCCUGGCAUGGGUACACCCAUUAUGCCAUCAUUGACUUGAAUGGAGACGCACUUUCUAUUCAUUCUUAUUUCUAUGGAAAAUACAUUGGAUUUGCAAAAAGUAAUCAACUGUUGUUUUGAGGGUGAAUUUUCAACCACAGAAUUAUGUCAUCGUGGUAACCAAUUUUGCACAUAGAUAAACCGUGUAUAAAAUGUUUAAUUUGAAA